ACAUAAACUAACAGCAGAAGAAGAAAUGCGGAAGUGCGCACGGUGUAAACAAUCGAGUCAUGGAAAUAGGAAUGAACCCCCCAAUUGAAAAUAUCACAUGUCUUUAAAAGUAACAUUUCUUCUGAUUAAGAAUAGUGUAAUGUCGCAGGUGAUAUUUUAAAUUAACACAGUGUGGGCUGCUGCGUGUGUCCGCCAUGCCGUAUCUGGGCAGUGAGGACACGGAGCGGGAGCUGAGGAGGGCUCUGUGUAACCCCCACAUCCAGUCCGACCCGCUGCGAUACCGGAACACCGUGCUCAAGGUCCUCCGUGCGAUGUCUCAGGGUGUGGAUGUGUCCGGCCUGUUCAGUGAGAUGGUGAAAGCGUGUGCCACAGCGGACAUCGUCCAGAAGAAACUGGUCUACGUGUUCCUGUGUUCCUACGCCGCUCUGAACCCCGAGCUGUCUCUGCUGGUCAUCAACACGCUGAGGAAGGACUGCCAGGACCCCAACCCCAUGGUGCGCAGCCUGGCCCUCAGGAACAUGACCAACCUCCGGUUGCCCAGUCUGGUGGAGUAUGUGGAGCAGCCUCUGACUGCAGGCCUAAGGGACAGAGCGGCCUGUGUUCGACGCGUGGCUGUCCUCGGCUGGGCCAAAAUACACAACCUCCAACCCAACUCUGAGACAGACGCCGCGGUGGUGAAUGAGCUGUACACCCUGCUGAGGGACCCGGACCCCGUGGUGAUGGUGAACUGUCUCCGAGCUCUGGAGGAGAUCCUGAAGGAGGAGGGGGGGGUGGCUAUUAACAAACCCAUCACCCAUCACCUGCUCAACAGGUUGAAGGAGUGUGACGUCUGGGGUCAGUGUGAGGUCCUGAGGGUCCUGCAGCGCUACCGGCCUCAGACCGAGGACGAGCUGUUUGACAUUCUGUCCCUGCUGGACGCCUCGCUGGUCAGCCCCCACCCCCCCGUCAUGGCCGCCACCCUCAGCCUCUUCCUGGGGCUCUGCUCGGCCCUGCCUGCUGUCGGGCUGGCGGCCCUGGAGCGAGUGCGGGCCCCCCUGCUGACUGCCUGCGGAAGCCCCUCCAGAGAGAUGAGGCUCACCGCCCUGUGCCACAUACAGCUGCUGCUGCGGUCUCUGCCUGGCCUGAUGGGGGCGCACUACAAGCGUUUCUUCUGUGGCUACGCAGAGCCAGCCUACAUCAAGCAGAGGAAAAUGCAGGUGCUGGUGGAGCUGGUGAAUGAUGACAAUGUUGCAAUGAUACUGGACGAGCUGAGAGGGUACUGCACCGACGUGAACACUGACACCGCCCAGGCUGCCAUCUCAGCCAUAGGUGGAAUUGGGCGGAGCUACAGCGACAGAUGUCUGGAGAUCCUCACUGGACUGCUGGGGCUCAAACAGGAGCACAUCACUUCUGCCGUGGUGCAGACCAUGCGAGACCUGGUGUGGGUGUGUCCUCAGUGCAGCGACACGGUGUGUGAGGCUCUGGAGGGCUGCGAGGACACGCUGCAGGACAGUCAGGGCAGGCAGGCCUUGCUGUGGCUGCUGGCUGUGUAUGGGGAGCGGGUCUCCAGCGCCCCCUACACGCUGGAGGUGUUCAUUGAUGGAGUGAGGAGCGAGACGUCUGUGGGAGUCAAGAUGGAGCUGCUGACCACCACCAUGAGGCUGUUUCUGUGCCGGCCUGCUGAGACGCAAGACAUGCUGGGAAGACUGUUGCACUACUGCAUAGAGGAGGAGACGGACAUGUGCGUGCGUGACCAAGGGCUUCUCUACUACCGCUGUUGCCAUCGUGGGAUAGAAGAGACACAAAAGGUCCUCCAGGGACGGAGGUCAGACCCUUCCCUGGGUGUUCUGAUUGGCCGCCCUGCGGAGCCCGUCAGCCAGUGGGCGUGCAGCUUUAACACUCUGGACCCUCUGAAGCAGGGCCCUGUGGAGACAGAGCCCCCCAGCAGAGGAAGCCCUGAACAUGUGACCUUUGACCCCAAGCCUAACACCGACCUCUCAGAAACACUGGACUGUAGUCAGAUUGUGAAGCUUCAUUCAGCCUCAGACAGAGCCAGUGGGUGUUCGGACUCCUCGGCUGAGGGACUGGCAUCCAGUGUAGCCCCCCCGCUCAGUUUGUCCCUCACUCCGGUUCUCAGCCCGGAGGAGUUUGAGCGUCUGUGGCUGCAGCGACAGGAUUUGCAUACUGAGCAAGAUGCUGAGAAGCGAGAAGAGGAGGAGGAUUGUGCAUGUCUUGUGGAACACAUCCGAGGCCCUGCAAUAGCACACUGCUCCCCUCAAAGCCUUCAGGCUGCAAUGCAGCUGGUCAACAUCCAGACACUGGCCUUCACCCCGCCGCACACACUCCCUUGGAGGGUGUACCUGUUCACACACACCCAGCACACACACAGUGGCAACGCACCACACAGCACGCUCAUAGUCGGGGAGCUGCUGUACACCGGAGAGGCAAAUCAGAGGGUGGGGGUGGUAAAGACAGGCUCGGAUGAUGGAGACUUGGUGGAGGGCAGCAAAGAGGAGCAUGUGAGAGAGGGAGGAGACCUCAUAUCUGCUGGGCUGAGAGAGUCUGCCAGAGAAAAUGGAGAAGAGGAGGAAGUGAAAGUGACUCUGAAGCAGCAACCAAGAGAUGACAGCGCUCUGAAGGGGUUUCUCUCCAUCCUCACCACCGUACUGCACACACUGUCCUCAGAGAGGGCGUAAAUAUGCAUUACACAUGCAUACACACACACAAGCAUCAUUGGACCUACCUAGAUGUGUUAAGUCAUUCGGUCCAAGUCUCAGAUAAAGCCCCACCCCACUUAUCUGUCUUACAAAAAGAAAAAGUAAUUAGUAGCCGUCUCAUCCUAAUAAUAUUGGCCAAUUCAUCUAACAUGUUGAAAAACUAUGACGAUUGUUCAUUAAUAUUAUAGAUAUUUAGAGAAAAUAAAUUAUCAAAACUUUAAAAAAUAUGUUUUCUUAAUUUCUUCUUAAUUAAAACUGAAACAAACUAGAACUGAAGACCACUUCUCUGAAACUCACUAUGUCUUUAAGAAGUCCCUCACUGAUCACAAUCAUUCCCUCUCAAACGGAACUUGCGUAAACCACAGACAGAAUGACAGAAACCAGUCGGGUUAGCAUUUGGCCUGGUUUUCACCACACUCUAUUAAUGGCUUUCCUGUAUUUACGGGAAAUGUUUUCUGGCUGGCCACUGGUCACUGCACAAAUGUAUACUUCUCUUUUAUUUUGGGAUUGAGAGAAAAACAAUGGUCAAAGACAAACAUGAUGGAAACCACCUUUCACAGGAGGCAGAGCUUGACAAGGGAGGAUUGUGUACCCCAGUGCCCAAAUGCAGACAAUAUACAUUUGUUUGGAGGGCUCUUGGAGACAUGUAAAUGAACUGAUUAAAAACAAAUAAAACAUGU